CCCGCGCAGCUUGCGCCGCGGUCCCCUUAUUUGGAUCUGCGGGAAUGUGGGCUGGAGCGGUGCUGCCGCGGUACCAGCCUCCAGCCUGUCGCCCGGACUGCCCCUGACCCAGGAGCGCCCACUGCGCGGUGGCUGGAGGGCCGGCGGAGCGCCAUGGCCUGCAUCCUGAAGACUUUCUCCAAGUCUGGGUACAUAGCCUCGACUGAGCAUCUUUCCAAGUUUGUAACCUUGUGGCAUCAGUGGAGAGGACUUGAUAGAAAGUCUGUGAUUGCAGUGAGCUUCAUAGCAGCGUUCCUCUUCCUGCUGGUUGUGCGUCUUGUAAAUGAAGUGAAUUUCCCAUUGCUACUAAACUGCUUUGGACAACCUGGUACAAAAUGGAUACCAUUCUCCUACACAAUCAGGCGGCCCCUUCGAACUCACUAUGGAUACAUAAAUGUGAGGACACAAGAGCCUUUGCAACUGGACUGUGACCUUUGUGCCAUAGUGUCAAACUCAGGUCAGAUGAUUGGCCAGAAGGUGGGGAAUGAGAUAGAUCAAUCCUCCUGCAUUUGGAGAAUGAACAAUGCCCCCACCAAGGGCUAUGAAGAAGAUGUUGGCCACACGACAAUGAUUCGAGUUGUGUCCCAUACCAGCGUACCUCUUUUGUUAAAAAACCCUGACUAUUUUUUCAAGGAGGCAAACACUACUAUUUAUGUUAUUUGGGGCCCUUUCCGCAAUAUGAGGAAAGAUGGCAAGGGCAUCGUUUACAACAUGCUGAAAAAGACUGUUGACAUCUACCCGAAUGCCAACAUCUAUGUGACCACAGAGAAGCGCAUGAGUUACUGUGAUGGAGUUUUUAAGAAAGAAACUGGGAAAGACAGAGUCCAGUCUGGCUCUUAUCUCAGCACGGGGUGGUUUACCUUCAUUCUGGCCAUGGAUGCCUGUUACAGCAUUCACGUCUAUGGGAUGAUAAAUGACACCUACUGCAAGACAGAAGGGCAUAGAAAAGUUCCCUACCAUUACUAUGAACAAGGAAGAGAUGAGUGUGAUGAAUAUUUUCUUCAUGAACAUGCCCCAUAUGGGGGCCAUAGGUUUAUCACUGAAAAGAAAGUGUUUGCUAACUGGGCCAAGAAACACAGAAUAAUAUUUACACACCCAAACUGGACAGUGUCUUGAUAUUGGUUUUCUGACCUUGCCAUACCACUUGACAUGAUUAUGAUACUUCAACUGUGAUGCUAAGGAUGAUGAUGAUGAUGGUGAUGAUUACAUGAACAAUGAUGAUCAAGUUUCUGUACAUUUUCAGAUAUGGGUGGUGACUCUGCCAGUAAUUUGAACUUGGGAUCCAUGGAGGGUGGUUGUGCUCAUUAUAUUCUUUCUGAAGGGUCAAUACUACAUACUGCACUUUAUAAUUUAACUGGAAUUAAAUGAAGGCCAGUAACUGGGCAGCAGUGACUUAAGAAACGGAAAGAUUAUCCUUAAAGAUAGCUGCCAAGAAUUCUUGAACAGGAAGGAUCUUUCAAAAGCUAUGGAAUAAGGCCUCCUACGGCAAGGUUAUUAACUCCAGGGGCUCACAAACCUGAGCAGCUCUAUUAUCUUGAAGAAUGAUUAAUUGUUAAACAUUGACCCCAGAAAUGCAAUCGGGGUGCAAGUAUCUUACCAUAGUUCCCAGUUAGUCUGCGGACAGGUAAGACUCUCCUCCUGACCAUUUUUCUACAGUAAUUUCUCCAGCUAAAGCCUCAGGCCAUUACCCAAUUAACAACAAAGAUAUCUUGGAUAUCCCUCCCAUCAGGAUUACUCGAUUAUCUCAUAUAUUUAAUUCAAAAUGGGCCAAAUAGCAAAUCUUGAUGAAUUUCCACUCUUACCGCUCCAUUCUCGCUACCCCAAACAAUGUAACUAAACAUGUUAAUAGAAUGAUCUAUGUUAAUGUUUAGUUAUGUUGAGCCCAAAACAUUUCAGAAGGCUAGUAACAUGUAAGAUACCAACACUGUAAUAACAGAUACUGUGAAAACAUUCUUAAAACAUCACCAAAAGGGUUUGCUAACUCUUCAACAUCCAACAACACAAACAUAUAUGCUUUUUAAAAUCAUGAAACAGGGAAAGCAAAGCAUAUUUUUACAUCACUUUAUAACUUACCAUACUUCAUAAUAUAUAUUUGUAUAUUCAAAUUUCUAUUUUAUAGGCCUAAUUAUGUCUCUCCAUACAUUACAUUAUCUUUGCCAAGUGCCAACUCUUAGACAUGGAGAGGAUAUGAUUCCUUGUAUUUAAUCUAAUCAGAGUUUUUGCCUUCUUGGGGUUUAUUUUCCCCAUAGUGUACCACUUGUUAUACCAUAUUGGCAACAGUAAUGACCUUAAUGUCCAAAGUGCUUUGUCAUUUGGGGUCCUUUCACAGAUAUUAUCCCAUGUGAUGCCCAAGACCAUUCCAUUGGACUAUUGCCUACACCUUCUGAUAUUUCCUCAGCAAUGAUGUGUAGUUUGUUAAUUGUUCUAAUAUAUUCCAUAUUACUCCUCUUGCUAAUAUUUUCAUAGAAUAGCAUUUAUGUAUAAUUGUAACCAAUUGAUUUCAGUGCCAAAUACAUUACAUCUGAAUUAUGCAAAAAGUAUCACAAGGAUGUACUGGACCAUAGACUAGCACCCUUGUGAACACAGGUACUUUUAAUUAUUUUUAAUGACUAUUUAGAUGGGGAAAGCAUGAGAUAGCAGGCACAACAGGAAGAAAUGAAAGCAGAAAAAUAGUUUCCUGUCCCCAUCAUAAUAUGAUUCUGUUUUCCCUAUCGAUCACUAAAUUUGAGAGGGUUAAUUUGCUGAGAAAGUAGCUCAGAGACCAAAAAACAUCUUUGCAAAUGAUUCAAAAGUCAGGCUUAAUUUACAAAAUAUUCAGGAGGCUGGAAGUAAUGUAAUGAUGCAUUUCACCUCGGGGGUACUGUGGGUCUUUAGCAGUGCUAAAGGUCCUGUGCUUAGUUAUCAUUAUUAUGGGCCAUCUUAGGCAAAUGCCUCUUUCCAGCUCUCUUCUUUGUACCCCAGUACUCAAAUUGAUAAAAAUAACAAAGUGCCACUUCUAUCACUAGAACUGUUAUUGUUGCUAUUCUUUUGUUUCCUUGUGUGAUUUUCAGUUCUGUGUAUGUUAGUUUUUUCAAGCUAAUGAUGAAUAGAAAUGCCCAAUCAAAGAAAAUAAACAGAUACAAAUGUUAAAAUUGUAAUGCAGACUGUUUCCUCCCCUGUUGUGAUAUAGAAGUCUACUUUUAAAUAAAAAGGAACCCUUGAUUAUCAAAAUGCUUCAGGGAAUGGC